AUGUGGCUCUGCGAGGUUACGCGUGAUGUCAUCAGUCUGCGACAGAACACACACACACACACACACACACACACGGGCAUGUCAGCACGGCAUGGUAGCGCGAUCGGUCUACCUGUGUUAAGAGGUGUACAUAGACUCUUACGGCAUAAUAAUUGUUUUAAAAGGAGACGUGUACCGGGUGACGUUUCUGUGUUGCUGGAUGAAAUCGAAGUUAUUAGAAAUAUUACGGAAUAUAAACAUCCCAGGCGAGAUUUCCACACCGCGGUCAGUGUUUUCAGAGCAAGGUUCAGCAUCAUGGAGAAGGGGUUGAACAAUGAAUUAGAAAUAGAAAAGGAACAAGAUCUAAGCGUGAGUGAGAGCAAAGAAGUACAGGAAAGCUGCAAGAAAAGGAAAAGCGACGACCCUGAAGAAGAACAUGGGGUAAACAAACGGGGUAAGAAGCGAAAGGGAAGCAAACAGAUGAAACCUGGUGAUCGAUAUGUUCCUCCACCACAAAAACGCAAUCCCGGAGUAAGUUUUAACCAAGAACACUUCGCAGAAACCUCGUACUAUUUUGAGGGAGGACUUAGGAAAGUGCAUCCGUAUUAUUUCGAUUUUAAGACUUACUGCAAGGGUCGUUGGAUCGGUAAAACACUACUGGAGGUUUUCAGCAGUGAAUUUCGUGCAGAACCAUUAGACUACUACAAGAAAGCAGUUAAAGAAGGACGUAUUCGACUGAAUGAAACACCUCUAGAUGACUUAAAUAUAACACUGAAGAACAAUGACUUCAUGAGGAACACUGUGCAUCGCCAUGAGCCCCCUGUUAAUGGGCAGCCACUGCAGGUCUUGGUGGACGAUGGUGAGGUGGUGGUGGUGGACAAACCCGCUUCUCUUCCUGUCCAUCCAUGUGGCCGUUAUCGCCAUAACACCGUCAUAUUCAUUCUGGGGAAAGAGAAAGGUCUUUGUGGCCUUCACACCGUGCACCGCCUCGAUCGUCUCACUUCAGGCAUCCUGCUGUUUGCUCGCACACUGGAGACAUCCAAGAAAUUGGACCAGAUGGUUCGGGAACGACAGUUGGAGAAGGAGUAUGUUUGUCGUGUGGAGGGGGAGUUUCCUGACGGCGAGGUUGUGUGUGAAGAACCGAUUCUGGUAGUCUCAUUCAAGGUGGGUCUCUGCAGAGUGGAUCCCAAAGGCAAAGACUCACGCACAGUUUUCCAGAAACUCAGCUAUAACGGACACUCUAGCGUGGUGCGCUGUCUCCCACUCACCGGACGCACACACCAGAUCCGCGUACAUCUCCAGUAUCUCGGCUUCCCCAUCCUCAAUGACCCCAUUUAUGGCUCUUCCGCUUGGGGUCCGAACAGAGGCAAGGGAGGCCUGGUGGGUAAAAAUGAUCAGGAGUUGCUGGAAGCUCUUAUUGAGGAGCAUCGUUCCAAGGAGAGUUUGCACCUCUUGGAUAUCUCUGAUGAAGUGUUACCCGGAAAGAGCGAGCCUGAUGCAGGCAGUGCUCCGGUUAACAAUGAGCUGACUGUCACGGCUGAAUCUGAAAACACUACAUGUGAAGAAUCAACUUCAAAUGACAAGGAAGCAGAAACGAAUAUUACACAGGCAACUGAGAGGAAUGAGGAAUUAUCCAGAACUGCAAGAGAGACCAAGGUAGUCCGAGAUCAUUUAUGUUCGGAAUGUAAGAUUGUCCGACCUGACCCUACAGAGAAGGAGCUGGUCAUGUACCUGCAUGCAUUACGCUACAAGGGGCCUGAUUUUGAGUAUUCCACACAAGUGCCUGACUGGGCUAAAGAAGACUGGGUGCAGAAUUGAAGUUUGAAAAUUGUUGUUUUUUUUUUUAGAUUAUUUCCUGUUCUUUAAGAAUAUUUAAUCUGUAAAAAUUAGUGAAUGGAAAUGGCUGGCAUUUGGAUUUGCAUUUAAAAUAAGAUCUGUGGUCUAAACUUUGUGAAAAUUUCUGUAUCCAUCCAAAAAGCUAAGUAAAAAAAAGUCAUCGGAAAUGGAGAUACCACUAUAUGAAGUUAUGGAGACACUUGCAUUUUUUCUGCGAUCCAGAUCAUGGCUCAAUAAAAUAUAAAUCUUUAUUGACUUUCUCAGUCACAUUUACAUAACAGUUCAUUCUUAAUACUUUUAAAUCUGACAUCACAUAUCCACAUAAAACAAUUUUAGAACAUCAUGUUUCUCAAACGUGACAUCACUUUGUUUAUAACAAACAAUUAUUACUUUUUUUUUUUCUUUUUUCAUUUGGCACUUUGUACACUAGAAAGGUACGACAGCAUUCCAGACAUUUUGCAUUCCAGACAUGGUUGCUGGCAUACUGAAAUAACAUUGACCUCACUUGAAUAAAAUGUAGUAAAUUGAUUGCGAAGGAUAUUCAACAAGUGUGAAUGUUUGAGAAAUUGACCAGCAGCACUAGUGGAACAAGUAUGGCAAAGGAUCAGAUUCUUUAAUUAAAAGUGUAUAUAUGAUUUUUCUUUUUUUGUUAAAUGGCUUUUUAUCUUUUCUUUUUUUUACAUUCCAUAGUCAUUCUGUAGUGACUAAACAAUUAUAUGUUAAGUAAAAAAUGAUUUCAGAAAGUGACCAAGUCUCACACGACAUAGCACCACACUUCACAGAAAGAAAACCAGUCUCGGUACUCUAGUGAUCGUACAACAUUCGAACAAAUAAUGGCAUAGAUAUAGAUAUUAGUUGACUGACUUGGUAGCUAUAUAACUCUGAUGACAGAAGUUUAACGAUAAAGAUUGCAUUUUGUCACGGGUAAAUGGGAUGAAAACAUCUCAACAUCAAGUUGAAAAGUUUUUCAAAGCUUUUCAAAAGACUGUACAAAUUUUCAACCUACUUUCAUAGUACAUUUAUAACUGGGAUAUUGGUUUUCUCACCAUCAUGUUGUGUUUCAGACAAACAUUUCUAAAUAAAUUGAUUUUAAACCAACCUAUUCUCAUAAAAACAGGUAUUUACUUAACAAUCAUCCAUUUAGAUAUUCCAAGACACCAAAUAAAACUUCCUCUUUUACGUAGAUGUUAUCUUAUGAAAAGUUAAUACAGCACAGGAAAUCAGGACAUCAGCUAUGGAAUGUUUUAGUAACAACAUUUGGAUAAUGAACAAAUUUCUUUGCCAAUAAACGAGUACGAUUUUAUUCCAAGUUAUGUUAGAUCAUUUCUCUUGGUCCAUUUAUCAUGAAACAAAUUUAAUGGGUUAACAGAACCUUAACUAUUUUAACGAAUGUAUGGCUUUAUUUAUUUGUAGAUUUGAUAUGUUGAUUUAACACUGUUGAUCUUUAACACUCUUUUCUUUUUUCUUUUUUUUUU